CCUCUUGAGUUCCAUUCGAAAACUUUUAUUACAAAAAGCUACUGUGAAGAUGACGUCUUGAGAUGUUAAAUGGUAGGGAUAUCAUAUAAGUAAAUUUCAGAUAAUUACAUGUCUGGAGUUUGGAGUUUAACCCCGAAAGUCACUGGAUUUAAAUUAACACAUCGAGUAGGUAUAAAACUAAGAGGGAGCUGAAAAGUAACGUUCAACGGACUCAGCCAUCACCAUGAAGACGUGCACUGUUCUAUGUUAUUUUCUUUAUACGCUACAGGCAGUUUCUAGCCUGAGCAAGCUGAGAUGGUGUACAACCUCAGACCUAGAACUGAGAAAAUGCCAAGACAUGAUGAAGGCUUUCAGUGAUGCCAAUAUCAAACCUGCCCUGGAGUGUGUGAAUAGGGGCUCCUCAGAAAACUGUGCAUACUCCAUUUCGACUAACCAGGCAGACGCAGUGACACUGGAUGGAGGAUUUAUUUACGAAGCUGGGAAGAAGUUUAACCUCAAACCCGUGACUGGAGAAGUGUAUGACGAAGUAUCACAAGGCACCUAUUUAGCUGUGGCUGUGGUCAGAAAGAACAAUACUGAAAUCAACAUUAACAACCUGAAAGGGAAGAAGUCCUGUCACACCGGGCUGAGCCGCACUGUAGGGUGGAAUGUCCCUGUUGGGUAUCUCAUUGACAGCGGCAGGAUGUCUGUGAUGAACUGCAAUAUUCCACAGGCUGUGAGUGAGUAUUUCUCAGCCAGCUGUGUCCCUGGUGCUGGUGUUAGCGGCUACCCACCAUCCCUCUGCCAGUUAUGCAUAGGUGAUGAAAAUGGGGGGAACAGAUGUGCGAAAAGUUCUCAGGAGGAGAGAUAUGCUGAUUAUAGCGGUGCUUUCAGGUGUUUGGCUGAAGGUGCUGGUGAUGUUGCAUUCGUCAAGCACACAACUGUGGCUGACAACACCAACGGAGUAAAUCCAGCCGCGUGGGCCAAGGACCUGAAGUUAAAUGAUUUCCAGCUCUUGUGUCGUGAUGGGUCGCGUGCUGAGAUUAACAGCUACGCAGGGUGCAACUUGGCUAAGGUUCCUGCCCAUGCAGUAGUUGUCAGACCUGACACUGAUGGUGAAGAGGUGUUCAGGAUGUUGCAGGCUGGGCAGAGGCAGUUUGGUAGCGAUCACAAUAUUGGCUUCAGGAUGUUUGACUCCUCUGUUUAUGGGGGUAAAGAUCUUUUGUUCAAAGAUUCCACCAUUAGGCUGAUUGCAAUUGAAAAUCAGAGCUACCAGGACUGGCUGGGAGAGGAGUACCUACAUGCUCUGAGUGGGUUGGACUGCAGCCCAGACAGACUGCCGGAAUAUCUGCGUUGGUGCACUCUGUCCCGUGGUGAGCUGUUAAAAUGUGCCGAUAUGGCUCUGAGCUUUUCAAACAAAAACCUGAAGCCAAAGAUUCAGUGUGUCUCGGGGGCCUCUCCUGAAGACUGCAUGCAGAAAAUUAAGAAAAAGGAGGUUGAUGCAAUUACACUGGACGGUGGAUUUAUUUACACUGCAGGAAAAACCUAUGGCCUUGUUCCAGCUGCCGGAGAGAGCUAUGCUUACGAUGUGCAGGGGGGUACAUACUAUGCUGUGGCGGUGGUAAAGAGGUCCGGCCACGACGGAUUUACAUUCAAUGAACUGAAAGGAAGGAAGUCCUGCCACACUGGCUACCAGAGGACAGCUGGCUGGAAUAUUCCUAUAGGAACUCUUAUAGAGAAUGGGUUUAUAAGACCUGAUAACUGUGACUUCCCCAAAGCCACUGGGAGCUUCUUCAGUGCCAGUUGUGUGCCUGGAGCCAAUCAGCCAGGCUUCCCGUCCAGCCUGUGUGAACUUUGCAAGGGGGAUACUAAUGGGAAUAAUAAGUGUGAACGCAGCAACAACGAGCUUUACUAUGGUUACAAUGGAGCUUUCAGGUGUCUGGCAGAAGGUAGCGGGGAAGUUGCCUUUGUGAAGCACACCACAGUCUUUGACAACACUGAUGGUAAAAACACUGAGUCUUGGGCAGCAGGCCUGCGGCACAUGGAUUUCGAGCUUCUAUGUCCAAACGGAGCGCGUGCACCAGUGACUGAAUAUGCAAAGUGUAACUUAGCUCUAGUUCCUGGCCAUGCAGUCAUGGUCCACCCAGAAAUGAACACCUAUGCAGUGUAUGGACUCCUCAGUAAAGCUCAGGAUUUCUUUGGAAAUGACAACAAUCCCAACGGAUUCAGCAUGUUCGAUUCCUCCAAGUAUCAAGGGACGGAUUUGAUCUUCAAAGAUUCAACGCUCCAGAUCACGGGUGUUGGGGAGAAAAAGACGUAUGACAAAUGGCUUGGGCAAGGCUACAUGGCGUCUUUGAAAGUGCUGGAGUGUUCGGCCGCCGUUGUUUCCACCGCCUCAGUUGUCCUCGUCACUGCUCUGAGUUUCUUCCUGACGUGUUACAGCAUUUGACCUACGACCCCACCAGGACUGCCCGCUGUGAUCAAGAAAAAGAAAACCCCUCACAGAUCUUCUCUAUUCCAGUUCCGCUUGCUUGGUCUGAAGGUGUUAAAACAUGUGUCAAAGGAAUUCAAGCUAAUCCAUGCCUGUAUGGCAUUUAUAAUCCUGUUGUAAAAGUAAAAUGUAAAAUGCAGAAUUUUGAUACUUUUGGGGAGGAUCAUAUAAUUUCAGGUCUUUUGUAAUAGCUGGAGAUCAGUUUUGGGGAAGGAUUGACAUGUAACUGAAACAAGUGAAUACAGUUGGAUGCUAUUUAGAGGUGGCUGGCUUUGAAUCAGUUACACACUUUUGUUUACCCCUUUUACAGUGUGACACUGUAAAAUCCAUACCAGUGUGCUGCAGUAUCCAGACCACUGUGCACUAUUUGUAAUAGUUGCUUAUUUUCACAGUAUGCAACUGUAAUUAUCCACCAAACCUAUUCAAAUGGCUGUCUAAUUAAGAUAAAUCUUGCUGCUCCAAAGGCAUUCAUUUGUAUCAUUUAACAUUCACUCCCCCAUCUUGAGCUCUCCUUCUCUUUCAUUAAAAACUGAUAAGCAUCAAGCAGGACUUUAGUCCUUAUGGGGAUGACCUGAACUCUUAAAACAUUCUGCAGCGCUACACUCAAAAGAGCUUGAUUUGGUGUUUGUUCAGGAGCACACACCUUGUGUGUGUAUGAGAGUUUGGAUCAUCCCUAAUGCCAACUAUUCUUAUUGCUUAUUUCAAUCUUAGCCUGUUAGACCCAUUUUAUUACAAAAUCUGGGCUUAUUUCUUCUCUGAAGACAACUGCCAUAUCAGAGUGUGUGUACUGCCUGUUGUACUAGAAUGCUCCUUUAGGAUUUCUAAAGGCAAAUGCCAUAUCAGUGAGUAUGCAUUGCCUGUUACAUAGUCUGCAUUAGGGUUUCUAAAGGCAAGUGCCAUAUCAGUGAGUAUGCAUUGCCUGUUACAUAGUCUGCAUUAGGGUUUCUAAAGGCAAGUGCCAUAUCAGUGAGUAUGCAUUGCCUGUUACAUAGUCUGCAUUAGGGUUUCUAAAGGCAAGUGCCAUAUCAGUGAGUAUGCAUUGCCUGUUACGUAGUCUGCAUCUUCCUUUAGGGUUUCUAAAGGCAAGUGCCAUAUCAGUGAGUAUGCAUUGCCUGUUACAUGAGCUUUUUCUUUUGAACUAUUUGAUGGCACAUGCCAUAUCAGGGUAUAUGCAGUCUUGCACUUUGUAGCCUCUAACUCGAUAAGCUAAUGCCAUAUCAGUGAAUAUGCAUUACAGUAUUAUUCUGCCUGGCUUCAUGAUCCCUUACCCACUACAGGCAAAGGUGCUAACUGUGGCUUUUCCUGAAAUAAUGGUGUGUUCUCCCUAAGCACAAAGAAUAAUGCAGUUCAAUUAAAGACCAUGUAGUUUCCGAUUGACUUUUUCAUCUACCUGAGUUCAGGAGGUGCUCUUCAGUUCUAGUUGUUGCCGUAGAGAUUCGCUACGUCACUUAUACUGUUUGCCGAUGGCUCUUACUGUACUUCUUUAAAGAGAUUUUAGCAAAUGUAUCCUUGGUAAUAUACAACUAAAUCUGAAAAAAACGCAAUAUUUGUGUAAUUGCAAUACGAACAACUCGGAAUGAUCUUAAAAAGUUAAUUAACUCUCUCUUUUUUUUUUAAUGACAAGUGACGAUUAAGAAAUCACAAUUAUAGUAUGCUAAGUUUUAAUUAUUUGUUUGCAUACAUUCUACAGUGACGCAGAACAGUUAGAAUAAGCAGCAUUUCCAUUCAAGCUUGGGUAGAACACUGCAUUUUGACACAAACAUUGUGAAAAAGUGAUUUGUAGUUUUUGUAGAGCAACAACAGUAUAAUACAAUUGUAUGAUCUACCAUUAAAGAGAACUGGCAGUAUGUGACACCUAAGCUUUUAGCUAUUGCUUAUGCUGCUAAAGCACAGUGUUCACUGUAUGCUCGUCUACUGUACUUGAGUGCUAUUGUAAAUCUAAUCAUUGAGUUCUUUAGUGAUUGGACAUGUUCCAUUGUCUUAUGCUUAGUAUAAGGUGCUCAGAUACCAUGUCAGUGUAUAUGUGCUGAACAACUACUUCGUUUUAUAUGACUGCUUGUGCUGAGAUCCAUAUAAAUUUGUACAAUUGUACAAUGAGAUUACCUAUAUUUUUGUAACUAAUCUUUAGUUGCCAGGCCUGUGCGUCUGUUUAAGUAUAGCUACAUAUUGCAUGUAAUGUGUUAAUUAAGACCAAUAAAUAACCCAUUUUGAACCAACAAUAAAUGCAUUUAACAUAUCUACAGUAACCUGUG